ACAACGAUUGGAGCUCCUGCCGCCCACGGAUGGAAUCGGAUCAUCCGUCAGCUGCGAGGAGCCCAGAACAGUCCCUGCGCGCCGGCGGUAGCGUGAUCGCGUCACCGACGCCUCCGAAGCUGUGAGCAGCUCAGCUAGUCGACUCGUUUCGCUUCCUCCAGUGCCUGAGGCGGCCGCAACGCAAGGGGCCCCGGAACCACGCGAAAACACGGCCAAAACACCGCAAAAAUCUCGACAUCCAACUGCGCCGCCUGGGUGGUGGCGGCGGCGGAGGACCAAUGUGGAGGGGGACGCGCAUGUACAGCCUCCUGGGCGUCUUCCUCCUCCUGUCCCUGGCCUACCUGAACUGGCUCCCGGGCCGCGACCCCUCCUCCGCCGGCGGCCCCGGGGGGUUCAAGCUCCCCGUGCCGUGGCUGCAGCCGCGGAUGUCCUUCGUGGGCCGCGCCGGCACCCACUUCGUCGACGCCGUCACGGGCGCGCCGAUCUACGUCAACGGGUGGAACUCGUACUGGCUCCUCUCGGCGCGGUCCCCCGCGUUGUCCGCCGAGAUGCUGCGCCGCGGCCGCCGCAUGGGGCUCACGGUCUGCCGCACAUGGGCGUUCAGCGACGGUGGCCCCGGCGCGCUGCAGAUCUCCCCAGGCCGGUUCAGCGAGCCUGUUUUCCAGAUGCUGGAUUAUGUGAUAUAUGAGGCCCGAAGAAAUCAUGUUAGGCUGAUUCUAUGCCUUGUGAACAAUCUUGAUAACUUUGGAGGGAAGGCUCAGUAUGUUCAGUGGGCACAAGCAGCUGGUGUUAAUGUGACAAAUUCUAUGGAUUCCUUUUUCUCUCACCCAACAAUUAAAUAUUACUACAUGGAGUAUGUAAAGGCAAUAUUAACCAGAAGAAACUCUUACAGUGGAAUCAAAUAUUGUGAUGAACCUGCUAUAUUUGCUUGGGAACUCAUGAAUGAGCCUAGAUGUGUAUCUAAUUCAUCGGGUCCUCAUAUUCAGGCUUGGAUAGAAGAAAUGUCAGCAUAUAUUAAGAGUUUGGACACAAAGCAUCUCAUUACAGUUGGCAUUGAAGGAUUUUAUGGCCCUGGGAGAGGUGACAGGCUGGGUGUGAAUCCUGGGGACUGGGCAGCUUCACUCUGCUCUGACUUCAUACAGAACUCAGCUGUCAAAGAUAUUGAUUUUGCCUCGGUUCACGCUUAUCCUGAUAGCUGGCUACCAAAGGCAAGUAUGGAAGAAAAGGUCAAGUACCUUUCUGUCUGGGUUGAUUCACACUUGAAUGACAGUGAAUACAUCUUGAGAAAGCCUGUCCUGUUUUCAGAAGUAGGUUACCUCCAACAUGCAGAAGCUGACAACACACUUGAUGGAGACACUCUUCUAAAAGUUGUUUAUGAUAAACUAUACAAUUCAGCAAAAAAGCUGCAGGCAGGAGGUGGUGCUCUUAUUUGGCAGUUGAUGGUUGAAGGCAUGCAGAUGUACCAUGAUAACUUUUCCAUGGUGGCACGGGAUCGUCCCUCAACAUAUAAGCUGAUAAACGAGCAGUCAUGCCGACUGCAAAGGCUAUAUGGAACAGAGGGAGACCCUAGUUGGCAAUGCUCAUUACCACCCUAGGGUUUUCUUGUCUACUAUUGAUAUCGAAACAUUCCACUUCAUCAGACACAAACUGGAUUGCUGGAAUCAACAGCAAGGGUAUGCUAUUGGAGAUAAAGAUGAGGAUUAGGCAAAUGGUCAACAGCAUCUCUGUAGUAAAUAGCUUGUUCAUAGAAUCAUAGCUGAAGAGCUAGAAUGCUAGUGGAGAAUCCACUUUUGACAACAACACAUGCAUUCUGUCACAUGAUGUACAUUGUACGAUUAAUAUGACCUAGAGGUCAAAGUGAAAGGAGCACCAAUACAAGUUAUGGCAUGCAAUGCUGCAUGGUGUACGAAACCUCGUAUCCCAAGUUUGUUUCGCUGAAA